GAACGAUCGUGGAAUGAGAACACAGACGCUGGUGUGGAAGUGACUUCUGUUUGCACUUAGUGUAUUAGCGAAUCUUACAGCCAGCAUCUUCUCUUACUGACCAUCUAUCUGAGGGGAUCUUUUGGGUAGUGUAGGUUGUUUAGGGUUCUGGCUUCUUUUUAACACCUGAAUGACUAUACUGCCGGACAAAAUGACAACAGUGGACUCAAAUAACAACAAUUCAGGUGGAGUAAUCUCUUACAUCGGAUCAUGUGGAGGAUCUCCGAAUUGCACAAGCCCGGUAUUAAUGUUCAGUGAGAAUUCCAACUGCAGUCUGCAGUCACUGAACCAGCCAUGCUUUUGGUCAUCAUUUCCACCAUCUCCCAAUGGUUCCCAUGAUUCUUCACGUACGUACGCCAGCAAUAGUAGCAGCAGCUCAGGCUCUGGUGAGGAUGGAAGUUCAUCUAGCUCUGGAGGAUCACCAAGAGGGCAAGAUGAAAGCCAUAAUGCAUACUCAUCAAACAAAUCAGUUGCCGCUCUUACAAAGCUGAAUGGAAUGGUGUUGCUGUGUAAAGUCUGUGGUGAUGUGGCUUCUGGGUUUCACUAUGGCGUUCAUGCCUGUGAAGGCUGCAAGGGAUUUUUCCGUCGGAGCAUCCAGCAAAAUAUUCAAUACAAGAAGUGUCUAAAAAAUGAAACCUGUACUAUAAUGAGGAUCAACCGCAACCGCUGCCAGCAGUGCCGUUUCAAGAAGUGUUUGUCUGUAGGCAUGUCUCGUGAUGCUGUCCGUUUUGGUCGCAUUCCAAAACGUGAAAAGCAGCGCAUGUUGGCGGAAAUGCAGAGUGCCAUGAACAACAUGGUGAACAACCAGCUGCAGAGCGAGUUCCAACUAGCAAGCAUCAAGUCUGACCCUCCGAUGUUCUCGUCACGGUCGUCUACCUCAUCUACCUUCCAAGCUGUAACGGUGGCUCCUAAGCCCCAACCUCUUGCUGUGCCUGAAGCUCUUUCCCCCUCUCCACCUGCCCCUGCAUCUCCUCCAGCUCAGAGCCCUCCUCGAGUUAUUACCACUCCACCUCUUUGCCCUAGUCCUGGCAUCGAGAGAACGAUUACCGCCAUCACCAGAGCACAUCGUGAGACCUUCGUUUAUGCACAUGAUAAGCUAGCUUCUUCACUGAAGCCCCACAAUGGUGCCGAUCUGCAUGGGCACAGUGCUAAUAUUUUUUUGAAUAAUUAUCAUGUAAAUGGCCCAAAUUUGGUCUACCAAGCCAAUGCACAGCUACAACACCACGGUUUUAAGGCAACACCCGAUAAUGGUCAGUCUUUACCAGCUUCCAUUGGACAAAACUACCACAACAGCAAUUGGUAUGGAGUUCAACAGAGCGAAGAGUUCAGCAGCAACAGCCCAGUGCAAAACUGCCCUUGGAAGAACCAAAAGGAAAUUCUCCUGGCGUGUCCGAUGAAUAUGCAUCCUCGGGCAGAUCCUAACAAGACUCCGCAGGAAAUCUGGGAAGACUUUUCACUAAGCUUCACACCAGCCGUGCGCGAGGUGGUGGAGUUCGCCAAGCAUAUCCCUGGUUUCAGUUCCUUAUCCCAGAAUGAUCAGAUCACCUUGCUGAAGGCUGGCACUUUUGAGGUCCUGAUGGUACGUUUUGCUUCCCUGUUUAAUUUUAAAGAGAAGACGGUAACUUUCAUUUCUGGCACCACCUACAGUCUGCAAGCCCUCAGGAGCAUGGGAAUGGGUGACCUGCUGGGGACCAUGUUUAACUUCAGUGAGAAACUCAAUGCGUUAGAGCUCUCCGCAGAGGAGCUGGGACUCUUCACGGCUGUAGUGCUGGUGACUACAGAUCGCAGUGGCAUUGAGAAUGUAAGGUCAGUGGAGAUACUCCAGGACAGCCUGCUUAGAGCUCUUCGGGCACUGGUCAGUCAAAGCACCCCUGAAGAUGCCUCUCGUUUUACAAAGCUGCUGCUGAAACUGCCAGACCUGCGCACCCUGAACAACAUGCAUUCUGAGAAGCUUCUCUCCUUCCGCAUUGAUUAAUGAGCCAGCCAGUUAAAGUUGGUUCAAUGUAAACAUGGGUGGUCCAUCAUCUGGCUGGUUUGGAUUGUUGCCUGAAGACUUGGCAGAUUUUAAUGGACACACAAGUGCUACCCGGAGAGCCAACCAGCCUUGGUGAUUUUUAAUGUCCUGAAAUGGGUUCUGUAUCUGGGUAACAAAAUCUGGGUCAUGUUUUUCGUCGUGUUUAUACCCGAUAUUUAAAUACGUUCUAGGUGUAAGAGCUCCAGACUUUUUACAGUAUAUCACGUAGUUGUCCUCUGCCAAGGAAGGGAUUUUUAAAAAAAAGCUGUUUGUUAAAAGCCCAUGUAAACGAAUAUACACCGAUCAGCCAUAACAUUGUUUCUACACUCACUGUCCAUUUUAUCAGCUCCACUUACCAUAU